AUGGACAAGCAGAACCCUACCACUCUCCAGACUCUUGUUCGCCAGACCGAGGCUGCUGAGGUCAACACUGCUGCGCCUGAGGAGGUUAGCACUCCCGUUGCUGAAGUCCCCGUUGAAGCUCCCACUGAGGCCGUAGAGGUCGCUGAGCCUGCCGCCUCUGCUUCUGCUGUUCCCGCCUCUUCCGACGAUGACUGCAGCGGUACCCCUGAUGGCUUCGCUUCCCUGAACGGAGGAACCACUGGUGGAAAGGGCGGUGAAGUCGUCGUUGUUUCCACCCAGGAGGAUCUUGAGAAGUACGCCGGCUCAGAGGGCAAGUACGUCAUCAAGGUCAAGGGAACCAUCACCAUCACCCCCAAGGGCAAGGAGGUCGAGGUCAAGUCUGACAAGACCAUUGUCGGUAUCGGUGCCGAUGCCGAGAUCAACCAAGGUGGCUUCAUUAUUAAGAGCCAACGCAACAUCAUCUUCCGAAACCUCAAGAUCGGCAACACUUACGUUGAGGGUGACGAGGAGGGCAAGACCCAGGACUUUGACGGUAUUCAGAUGGACACUUGCGAGAAUAUCUGGAUUGAUCACGUUCACCUCGAGAAGGGCGGUGAUGGCCUCAUCGACAGCCGAAAGGACACCACCUUCCUGACUGUCUCCUGGACCAUUCUCCGCAACCACAACAAGGCCUUUGGCAUUGGCUGGACUGACAACGUCGUCACCGAAAUGACCAUCCACCACAACUACUUCGACUCAACCACGCAGCGCAAUCCCUCAGUCGACAACGUCAAGCACGCCCAUCUGUACAACAACUACCUCGUCGGCCAGACCUCAUACGGCCACUACGCCCGCGGCAGCACCGAGAUGCGCCUCGAGAACUGCUACUUCGAGAACGUCAAGAACCCCAUCACCGCCGACAGCACCGCGAAGCUCAACCAGUCAGGCAGCGUCUUCAAGAGCACCAAGGGCACUACUGCCAAGAACACUGGCGAUGUGUUUGACCCUAAGGAGUUUUACGACUAUACUGCUGACGCUGCUGAGGAUGUUCCCAGCAUUGUUGGUGAGGGCGCUGGCCGACAGGCGAGCAUUUGCCCUGCUUAA